AUGUCUUAUGAGCAAAUCCGCCAGCGAUACGAAUCCGCAGGCCAGGGUCAUCUGCUACAAUUCUGGCCCAAGCUCUCCGAGGCGGAGCGCUCAGCGCUUCUUGCCCAACUCACUGCGCUCGACAUCGAGCGUGUCAACAGGGUUUAUCGAAAGGCCAUCUCUUCAGAGAAGGAGGCCGCUGAAAACGUCGGCAGGGAUGUUAUCGAGCCGUUGCCGGAGGAUGCAGCCGACACUGUGAUUGGGCUUCCCGACAAGGAGCAGGAAUGGCGCGCGGUUGGGCUCAGGGCUAUUGCACAUGGCCAAGUCGGGGUUCUCCUUAUGGCCGGAGGUCAGGGUACGAGACUCGGUAGCAGUGCUCCCAAGGGCUGUUACGAUAUCGGCCUGCCAUCCCACAAGUCUCUCUUCCAGUAUCAAGCGGAACGCAUCGCCCGUUUGCAGACUGUUGCGGCGCAGGCACAUGGGAAGGCAGCUAGCUCUGUGAUCAUCCCCUGGUAUGUAAUGACUAGCGGGCCUACCCGUCGGGAAACCGAAGCGUUUUUCAAAAAGAAUGCGUACUUUGGGCUUUCGUCCAAGAACGUGAUCUUCUUUGAACAAGGAACCCUGCCUUGCCUUACCAUGGAUGGCAAAGUGAUACUGGAGACUCCCUCGCGCGUUGCUGUCGCUCCUGACGGCAAUGGCGGCCUUUAUGCUGCUCUUCGCCAGCCACUCGCGCCAUCAUCACCACGUACCGUUCUCUCAGACUUAGCCGAGCGUAAGGUCCAGUACGUGCACAGCUAUUGCGUCGACAAUUGUUUGGUCAAAGUUGCCGAUCCCGUCUUCCUGGGCUACUGUAUUCAGAAGCAAGCCGAUUGUGCGGCCAAAGUUGUCCCGAAGGCCUACCCAACUGAGUCCGUGGGUGUUGUUGCCCGUCGGGGUGACAAGUUCAGCGUCAUUGAAUACUCGGAGAUUUCAAAGGAACAGGCAGAGCGACGCGACGCGAAGACCGGAGAACUGGCGUUCCGGUUAGGAAAUAUCGUAAACCACUUCUACACUACGGCUUUCUUGAACAGCACGAAGGAUUUCGAGGAGGAGCUAGCGUUCCAUAUCGCACGCAAGAAGAUUCCGUACGUUGAUGCGAGCGCCCAAACCGUGAAGCCGAGCAAGCCCAACGGCAUGAAGCUCGAGAUGUUCGUUUUCGACGUCUUUCCUUUUACAAAGCACUUUGCCGUAUUGGCGGUCGUCCGAAAUGAGGAAUUCAGUCCUCUCAAGAAUGCGCCUGGAACUGGUUCGGAUGAUCCGGAGACAAGCCGUCGCGACUUGUUAUCGCAGCACAAGCGAUUCUUGGAGCGCGCUGGCGCGAUAGUGGUCCAGGGUAUCGAGAUUGAAUUAUCUCCCUUGGUAACUUAUGACGGGGAAGGUCUUGAGGCGAUAAAGGGUAAGAAGUUCACCCGUUCGGGUAUGGUCGAAUCUGUGGAGGAGUUGGAUGCUCUAGUUUAG